ACAUAUCUGAGCUAUGAUAAAGCUACAAUUAAGUUUUAAUUAAACGACAGAGAGAAAUCUUCGGUAGAGGCGGGCGAGCGUUAGACUCCGGGUCCCUCAAGUAACAAACAUGGAGGACGCUACACAGUUGUCUAAAAUGAAGGUGGCUGACCUGAAAAAGGAGCUGAAGUCUCGGGGAUUAUCAGUAGCUGGAAAUAAGACCGAGCUUAUUGAGAGAUUACAGGAAGCAAUAGGAAGUGGAGGGAAUGUUGAGCUUGGUCAAGUUGAAGGCGAUGACGAGGACUUCGACGAAGAGGAGAUCUUAGGUGGAGAAGAUAUGGAUGCUGCGGAGUUGGGGAAAUUGACUCCCCAAGAGGAGGAGGCAGCUUUAGGCGGGAACAUAAGAGUACGAGAUGAGGCGGCUCUUUUGGAACAGCCCGAGAAGAAGAAGAUAAGCCUGAAGAGGUCCGCGCCACCGUUAGAGCCGCCUCCCACCACGGUAGUGGAAGCGGCGGAGACAGAGAAUGAACCUCCAGCUAGCCAGGAAGAAGAAAAAGGGCCAGAUGAGAGUGCCUCGGCCAAGAAAAUCAUCAAACUUGACAGUGGCAGCGAAAAAAAUGCAAUUGAAACAAGAGCCGAGAGAUUUGGCAUUCCAAUGACGGAGGAAGCAAGAAGGUUAGCCCGUGCAGCCCGCUUUGGCACUGCCACAAAUGGGGCGACAGUUAAUAAGAAACCGGCCAAGCUUUCUAUGGAGACAGGGGGUACAGAUGUAGAAAAGCUCAAGGCUCGUGCUGAAAGAUUUGGAGAAGUUACUUCAAAGUCAUUAGCAAAGGUGUCUGAACUUGAAAAGCUAAAAGUUAGGCAGGAGAGGUUUACCGCAGCAGCGGCAGCAGCAGUAGCAACAACAGGAGGAGAAGCAGGAGAAGCAGAGGAGACCAAGACGGCAGCAGAGGAGACCAAGACGGCAGUAGAGGAGACCAAGACUACAACAGAAAAGACCUUGAUAACCAGCCUCGAUACACCGGCUCCUGCUGCCAAGGUAGCAAUCAGUGCCCCUGCAGCAGAUAAUGACGAAGACGCUAUUAAGAAAAAACGCGCCGAGAGAUUUGGUGCUCAAUAAAGACUUGUGCAUGUACAGUAUAUUUGACAAAGCUUAUGGAUAGACAUUUUAUGGAUAAUGUAAAAUACCAAAAAUUUUGGGCUUUAGUUUACAGCUACAGAAGUAAAUAUUGCCGUGCAUGUAAAGUGCUGUUGUGUCACAAUAUCUUUCAUUGUAAUGCAUCAGAAGAGCAUUAAUGUAAGGUUUCUUAAUGUAUAUACAGUAUUUGUGUAAAGAUUGAAAUUUUCAUGCUAUUCUGUAUUGUCAUUCAUAAAAGACAUCAGAUAUUUGUAGUACAAAGGGGCACUUCAUUCAGAAUGAAUGAAUUCAUUUUUUUUUUAGUCUAUUCCAGUGUGAAAUUACUUCUUGUAUUUUAAGGACUCGAAAUAAGCACUUUCAUACCCACUUUUUUUUUAUUGCAUAGCAAGUUCAAGUUAUUACAAUACUUUUGAAGAAAUGUGUGUCCAUGGAUCAUUGAGAUAAAAUAAUGUAACCUGUGGCUUUCUUUGUUCCUUAAGUAGCUACUAUAAUGUGAUGUAGAGAAAGCUAUUACUUUGGUUUAAUUACUUACUGGAACUUGAUAGAAUUAUCAAAAUAUAAUUUUAAUCUUAAUAAAAAUCAUAGCAAAUUGUUUAUAAUGAUUGUUUAACCACCUUUUUAUACUAUAUAUAUAUUUGUUUCAUAUCUUUGCCUUUUUAUAUUUCAGUAAUAGAAAUAAAAUAUUCUGUCAGA